CCUGUCAGAUUUGACAGGUGAGUCACGCCCUCUGCUGUCCGUUCACCUCUCCAGAAUGCUGUUCCAGGUUGUAGAGAGCAUGUAGGCUCCCUCGUCCCUGUUGAUGGUCCUCGGGCCCCGCUUGCGGAUCUCAAUGGCCUCCGUGAUCCAACGCUGAUGUUUGUUUUCUUCAGUGCGGAUGACUCUGGCCUUUUCCCAGUCCAUGAUGUGAUUUUCUCUUUUACAGUGGUCGGUAAUGGCUGACUUGUAGUGUUCCUCCCUGUCUCCCCGAUGUAUGAUUUAUUGCAUGAUUUGCAUCAAAUCUCGUAUAUAGAAUUGCAUUUAUUUUCCGGGUUGACUCUGUCUUUUGAGUGGACCCGUAUGUGACGGAGUGUUGUAUGUGGUUUGAUAGGUGUGUUUAUGUUGUAUUUUUUCAUGGCUCUUUUGAUGCGUUCCGUAAUUCCUCUCACAUACGGCAACGUCACCAUUCCGCUGGGUUAUUUUUUCCGUGUUUGUUUGUUUCUUUCCCUCUCUGUUUUGUACUUUUUGUUUUUUACCUGUUCUGCACCUUCGGUUAUUGCCCAUUGUGGAUACUGACAUUUUUUGAGUGCGUGUUGUAUGUAUUUUUCUUCCUGUGUUAUGUCCUCCGGAUGCGUGAUUAUUGUUGUGCGUUCGUAUAGUGUCCUGACUACUGACAGUUUAUGUAUAGUGGGAUGUUCUGAUGUCCAGAGGAGGUAUGUGGGGGUUUUCUGUGUACUUUUAUUUUUAUGUCUCUGUUGUCUGUGUGGUGUAUGUUGAUGUCUAGAAAGGCUAUGGAUCGAUCAGUUUCUUCUUCAUGAGUGAAUUUGAUGUUACCGGUGGUGUCUAUGGUGUUGAGGUGGUCUGUGAGGUGUUGUGUAUGUCCUGUUUUUGUUUUUUCUAGAAUGUCAUCGACGUAGCGUCUCCAUAGCGUGGGUUUCUGUGUGUCCGGGGCUGUUAAGAGUGCCUUUUGUUCUAAAUCCUCCAUAAAAAAAUUACACAUGAUGGCAGAAAGAGGGUCUCCCAUGGGGAAUCCCUCCUUUUGCAUGUAGAUUGUGUUUCUGUAUUAGAAGUAUGUGGAGGUGGCGAUGAAAUGGAGUAGUUGGGUGAUGUCCUGUGCUGUUAGAUUUGUGCGCUUCUUGAGUGUAAUGUCUGCUGAUAGUCUGUCAUGUACUGGGUGUAUGGUGGCCUGUGUGGGUGUUUUUGUGAAGAGUGAAAUGACGUUGUGUGAUAUGAACAUUUCAUCUUUCUGUACCUGUGUGUGAGUUCUGUGGUGAGUUGUUUUAUGUUUUUGCAGUGUUGAUCCUUGAGUGCUAGUAGUGUUUUUAUUAUUUCUGUGAAUGCUUUUGAAAGGUUGUAUGUGACCCUAUGCUGUCUACGAUGGAGCGGAGGUGUACCUGGUUUAUGGAUUUUUGGUGUGCCAUAGAUUCUGGGGAUGAUGUUUGCUGUGGGUGUUGGAGCCAAUUUAGUUACCUUAGAUUAAAUUCUUACUUUUGUUUAAGAUUCGCUGGCCUUGGGCCAUGGACCGUUAUUUGACAAAGCAUUUGGUCACCUGAUCAGUCACCUGAUCAGGGAAAUAAAUAGGCUGCUCCCACUUGGUAGUUAGUCUCAGUUAGACAAGGAAGGAAGACAGUAGUGACAUAGUUUUUUACCGCUAAAAAGCCCGCUUCAAGCUACUUCAAGUUUGCCCCAGGCUUGUAGCUCUUGGAAUUUAGGAACCAAACUUUAGUUUACUUCUUUGAACCCUUUAUGUUGAAACCUUAGUUGAUUUACAAACGAUUUGGAUUUGUACCUGUGUGCCACCUGUUUGCCUGCCUGCCAUUCCCUCUCCCCCCUAUCCUUGCUUGGCCUACCACCUUUGCCUGCCUGCCAUUGCCUCUCUCCCUCGGCCUGCCUGCCUGCCAUCGCCUCUCUACCUCGGCCUGCAUGCCUGCUUGCCUCCAUUUGGACAUUCUACCUCCACCUUCAAAAGGGUAUGAGCAACAGCUGUACACAGUGUUUUAAGAUAAGCGUGUGACAAGAACUAUACAACAUCUAACCUUUGAAACUGACACUCAGAAAUAAGUAAAAAACUAUCAUGAAGUGCUUAAAACAUGGAAACCCAACUUGAAAUAGGAUUUGUUUGACAAUGGGAUGUGGAUUUAUUUGAAUUGUGUGUAGCCACACACUUGGACAUACUGGAUUUUGGAACACAUCCUUGCAUUUAAGUGGAAUUUCCGGUGUUAUCAUCACUUCAAUUGAAAUUGUUGGAAGAUGUCUCGGUCUGGGUCACCUGAAGUUGAAGUUGCUCGUUCUCACACAGAGGAUGUUAAUGUGCAAAUCAUGGCUGAACAGCUGUUGAGGCAGAACAUUGCAACCCGAAAGGGAAAACUGAGUUUUUGCACAAGAAAACAAAAUGAGUUAAAGCAAUUUAUGGAUAAUGCCAGCGUUGCUGAUAUAGACAAAGGCAUUAAAGAUCUUAUUGAUGCACUGGAUGAAUUUGACAAAGCUCAUGUGUUGGUGCAAGACAUGUUGGCUGGUUACGAAAGGCAAGAAGAUCAUGCCCAAUGGUAUGAACCAAAAAAGAAGUCUUUCUUAUAUUUUCUUGAAAAUGCACAGACAUUCAAAGGCAGUCUGUCUCAGCCAUUACCUGUUAUCACCCCUAUGGACAGUGCUUCUAACACAUCCAGAAAGUCAGGGAGUUCUUCUAAGUCAGGGGCAUCAUCACUGUCAUCAGCUCGUGUAAAGAUUGAAGCAGAAAAGGCAGCUCUUCUGGAACGUGCUGCUGGGCUAAAGAAAAAACACGCUCUUGAGCUGCAAAGGAUGCAACUCCAAGGUGAAAUAGAACAGAGCGCCAUAGAAAUUGACAUUGCUGCAGCAAAUGCAAAAGUGAAGGUUUUGGAGAAUUACGAAAAACAAAUAGAAAUAAAAGGAGGCUCUGUUUGUCGAUCAGAACCCAAGGAUAGCAUGAAUUCUUACCUGGAGGCGCAUGGAAAGGAAACUUAUAUAGAACCGGAGAUUUCAAUUGAAUGUGCAAAUAUACGCACUGUCCCCAAGACUCCUCUUCAAAUGCUUACAGCACAAAGACAAACCCAAUUCCCCUAUCAAUUACCUUCUAAGCAACCUCAGACUAUAGCUGCCACCUCCAUAACAGCCGGUGUAGCAGCCCCUUCCAUUCCUACGGCUGCUGCUUCCACUCCCAAUACGGUAGCAGCUACCUCUGCUCCCACUGUGGUAGUAGCCACCCCUGCCCCCACGACAGCAGCAGCAAGUCUAACCUCACACUCUGCACAGCCAAUUACGAAUAGCGGUUUAAGUGACAUUGCAAACCUCUUUAUGCAGCAACAGCGGUUAUCUUUGCUUCCCACUAGGGAUAUACCUGUUUUUGAUGGGGAACCUUUGAACUUUAGGCCUUUUAUGCUAGCGUUCGUGCAUGGAAUUGAAAAUAAGGCUAUAAGUAAUCAAGACCGCUUGUAUUACCUGGAGCAAUACACUUCUGGCCAAUCAAAGGAACUGGUGAGAAGCUGUUUGCAUAUGAGUGCAGGUGAUGGGUAUGCAGAGGCUAAACGAUUGCUGGAGUACCAUUACGGCGACAAGAUAAAGCUUACUAAUGCAUACAUGGAGAAAGCCAUGAACUGGAGCACCAUUAAGGCAGAAGACGGAAAGGCAUUGUACAGUUAUGCACUCUUCCUUCGAGCAUGGUGCAACCUGUCUCGAAGUCUGCAGGAUAUGGAGGAGCUUAGUCUACCCUCUAACCUGAGGCUUCUUGUCUCAAAGCUUCCUAUUAAGUUGAGGGAAAGAUGGCGGUCAAGAGCAUUUGACAUCAUGGAGCAGAGACAAACCAAGGCUACCUUUUCUGACCUGGUUACCUUUAUUGAAAGACACGCCAGGAUCAUGCAAGAUCCUCUCUUUGGUGACAUCCAACAGCCACUUUCUACAAAGAAGUUCCUGCAACCUAAACCUACGUCAGAUUCAAAGCUUCCAUUUAAAACCAAAGGUAGUUUUGUAACUGCUGUGGCAAAUACUUCCGCCUCGGCCAAAAAUGGUGUCCCCAAGCAACAAUCUGCUAAUAACAAGUCUCCUGUUACAAGCAGUUGUGCGAUUUGUAAUGAAACGCAUUCAUUGACUUCAUGUAAAGAGUUGCUCUCUAAGACACAUGAAGAGCGUGUUGAUAUUUUGAAGAGAAAAGGUGUCUGUUUUGGCUGUUUGGUAAAGGGCCACUUGAGCAAAGAUUGUAAACGGCGCCUUACUUGUUCUGUGUGUUCUAAAAGGCAUCCAGACAUACUGCAUAUUCAAAGGACAGCUGAUGGAAUCACAGACCACAAGGGGAACCCCAGUGGGUCUGAGAUGGCAAUAAAUAGUGGAUUGGUCUCACUGGAAAAUGGAAACAUUGGAUCCAGUGACGAUCACUGCACCUUAGCUAUUGUACCCGUUCAAGUGAAGCUGAGUAAGUCCAACCAUGUUGUCCAGACGUAUGCAUUCCUUGAUCCAGGCAGCUCCGCCACAUUUUGCACUGAGAGUCUCCGACGACGUCUAAAUGCAAGAGGAAGAAAUCACAGGAUCCUUUUGCGAACUAUGGGUCAAGAGAAACCCACCGACAGCAUCGUCGUCAGCGGCUUAGAAGUAAGCAGUCUGGAAGGGAAAUUGUUCUAUGGACUGCCUGAUGUUUACACACAGAAAGAAAUCCCAGUCAGCAAAGGCCACAUACCAAAGCAGAAGGAUGUGAAGAAAUGGCCACACUUGAAGGAUGUAUUUCUGCCUACCAUUGAUGCUGACAUCGAUCUCUUGAUUGGAACAAAUGUGCCCAAACUCAUGGAGCCAUGGAGGGUGAUUAAUAGUAACGGCAAUGGACCUUUUGCAACCAAAACCCUGCUGGGCUGGGUUGUCAGUGGUCUCCUCCAUGAUGAGCACACAAGUCUGAGUAAGCAAGGCAAGACAUAUGUUUACACCAAUAGGAUUUCUGUGGAAAUUGUACGUGACCUUCUGGUGCAGCAACUCAACCAUGACUUUCCGGAGAGUACAUAUGAAAAGGAAGAAAUGUCUCAAGAGGAUCUGAGAUUUCUAAACAUAAUGAACACCUCAGUCAAAGCACUAAAUGAACAGGCAACGUCUUGCAGGCAGCAAGUGGCACCGACUGAUGAUGAGACUGGAAAGGAACUUGUCCUGGCCCUCUAUGAUUACCAGGAGAAGAGCCCACGUGAAGUAACUAUGAAGAAAGGUGAUAUUCUCACCCUUCUAAACAGCACCAAUAAGGACUGGUGGAAAGUAGAGGUGAAUGACCGCCAGGGAUUUGUUCCAGCUGCCUAUGUGAAGAAGCUGGAUCCCAAUCAGUCCUCUUCUCGAGAAAACCUGGAUGAACAUGGAAGCAUUGGACUUCGCCAAGAACAAAUUGAGAAUCAAUAUGGAACACUAUUAGAUCUUGGGGAGAAACGCAAGAACAUGUUGGAGAAAAGCUGCAAGAAGUUUAUGCUGUUUCGGGAAGCAAAUGAACUUCAGCAGUGGAUCAAUGAGAAGGAGAGUGCACUUACAAAUGAAGAGGUGGGCUCAGACCUGGAGCAGGUGGAGGUCCUACAGAAGAAGUUUGAUGAUUUCCAGAAGGACCUUAAGGCCAAUGAGUCACGUCUGAGGGACAUCAAUAGGGUGGCCUCUGAGCUAGAAUCUGAAGGCCUAAUGACUGAGGAAAUACCUGUGGUUCAAGUUCAGCAACAAGAAACAUUUGGUGCAAUGUCUGGCAAAGUUGAUGAAGCUGAUUCAAAAACUGCAUCUCCAUGGAAGAACAUACGCUUGGCUGUUCAAACAACGGCUAACUUUAAUACAAUCAAGGAAUUGAAUAACCACUGGAAAUCACUACAGCAGUUGGCUGAAGAAAGGAGCAACGUGUUGGGUAGUGCCCAUGAAGUGCAGCGAUUCCACAGAGAUGCUGAUGAAACUAAAGAAUGGAUUGAGAAAAAAAACCAGGCUCUCAACACGGACAACUACGGUCACGAUUUGGCGAGUGUUCAAGCUUUGCAGCGCAAGCAUGAAGGCUUUGAGAGAGACCUGGCAGCCUUGGGUGACAAGGUGAACUCCCUUGGAGAGACAGCGCAACGUCUAAUACAGUCCCACCCAGAAGCAGUGGAUGACAUUCAGGAGAAGUGUACUGAGCUCAACACUGCCUGGAGCAGCCUAGUGGGACGCGCUGACCAGCGAAAAGACAAACUUGGAAAUUCACAUGAUCUGCAACGCUUUUUAUCUGAUUUCAGAGACCUCAUGUCCUGGAUUAAUGGUAUCCGUGGACUUGUUUCUUCUGAGGAGUUAGCCAAGGAUGUGACUGGAGCUGAAGCUCUUCUUGAAAGGCAUCAGGAACAUCGCACGGAGAUAGAUGCUCGUAUUGGUACUUUCCAGGCCUUUGAGCAAUUUGGACAGCAGCUGCUAGUGCAAGGCCAUUAUGCAAGUCCCGAGAUCAAACAAAGACUCGAGGCUUUAGACUUGGAACGAGCUGACCUGGAAAAGGCCUGGGUACAGCGUCGCAUGAUGCUGGACCAGUGCCUGGAGUUCCAGCUCUUUAGCAGGGAUUGUGAACAGGCUGAGAACUGGAUGGCAGCUCGUGAAGCCUUCCUUGCAAGCGAUGACAAGGGAGACUCCCUUGAUAGUGUUGAGGCACUAAUCAAAAAGCAUGAAGACUUUGAUAAAGCUAUUAAUGGGCAGGAAGAGAAAAUUGCUGCUCUGCAAUCAUUUGCCAAUCAACUAAUUGGAGCUGACCAUUACGCCAAACCUGAGAUCUUCAUUCGACGCAAUGAAGUUCUUGACAGGUGGCGUCGACUAAAGACCCAGAUGAUCGAAAAGCGUUCAAAGCUCGGUGAAUCCCAAACCCUGCAGCAGUUCAGCCGAGAUGUGGAUGAAAUAGAAGCUUGGAUCAGUGAGAAACUGCAAACUGCGACUGAUGAAUCCUAUAAGGACCCUACCAACAUUCAGCUAUCCAAGCUUCUGAGUAAACAUCAGAAGCACCAAGCAUUUGAGGCGGAGCUUCAUGCCAAUGCUGACCGAAUCCGUGGGGUCAUAGAUACUGGUGACACACUCAUCCAGAGAGGUGCCUGUGCUGGCAGUGAGGAUGCAGUCAAGGUACGCCUUGGUGCCUUGGAUGAGCAAUGGCAGUUCCUUGUCAACAAAUCUGCUGAAAAGAGCCAAAAACUCAAAGAAGCCAAUAAACAACAUUGAACAAAGACUGCGCAUGUGCUUACAUUUGCAUCACAUUCAUACACUGAUACUUGCACACAUUUGUAGUAUAAUUGGACGUAAAAUUUAAAAUUAGAAUUAAGAAAUUAACAUUGUUUAUUUUUUGAAAAUUGCCCCCAUUGUGAAUAUUUUGUUAUAGCCACACGUGGUAGCUAUAAGGGGCCGGAUAUGUUGGAGCCAAUUUAGUUACCUUAGAUUAAAUUCUUACUUUUGUUUAAGAUUCGCUGGCCUUGGGCCAUGGACCGUUAUUUGACAAAGCAUUUGGUCACCUGAUCAGUCACCUGAUCAGGGAAAUAAAUAGGCUGCUCCCACUUGGUAGUUAGUCUCAGUUAGACAAGGAAGGAAGACAGUAGUGACAUAGUUUUUUACCGCUAAAAAGCCCGCUUCAAGCUACUUCAAGUUUGCCCCAGGCUUGUAGCUCUUGGAAUUUAGGAACCAAACUUUAGUUUACUUCUUUGAACCCUUUAUGUUGAAACCUUAGUUGAUUUACAAACGAUUUGGAUUUGUACCUGUGUGCCACCUGUUUGCCUGCCUGCCAUUCCCUCUCCCCCCUAUCCUUGCUUGGCCUACCACCUUUGCCUGCCUGCCAUUGCCUCUCUCCCUCGGCCUGCCUGCCUGCCAUCGCCUCUCUACCUCGGCCUGCAUGCCUGCUUGCCUCCAUUUGGACAUUCUACCUCCACCUUCAAAAGGGUAUGAGCAACAGCUGUACACAGUGUUUUAAGAUAAGCGUGUGACAAGAACUAUACAACAUCUAACCUUUGAAACUGACACUCAGGAUCUGAGAUUUCUAAACAUAAUGAACACCUCAGUCAAAGCACUAAAUGAACAGGCAACGUCUUGCAGGCAGCAAGUGGCACCGACUGAUGAUGAGACUGGAAAGGAACUUGUCCUGGCCCUCUAUGAUUACCAGGAGAAGAGCCCACGUGAAGUAACUAUGAAGAAAGGUGAUAUUCUCACCCUUCUAAACAGCACCAAUAAGGACUGGUGGAAAGUAGAGGUGAAUGACCGCCAGGGAUUUGUUCCAGCUGCCUAUGUGAAGAAGCUGGAUCCCAAUCAGUCCUCUUCUCGAGAAAACCUGGAUGAACAUGGAAGCAUUGGACUUCGCCAAGAACAAAUUGAGAAUCAAUAUGGAACACUAUUAGAUCUUGGGGAGAAACGCAAGAACAUGUUGGAUAUUAAGUGAUUGUAUGCCUGUUUGUCUAUUUUAUUUUCAAUGAGUAGUGGUUUGAGUAAUGCUUUGAGUUUAUCUUUCCCGCCUUCUGGUU